AUGGCUACCCUGACCGAUAGAACGUAUUUGCCGCCGCUCGAGGAGUGCUUGAGCGGCAGGGAGAUCAUCCUGUCAUGGAGGCUUGUCGCAUCUGCGCUCGAGGAUCGGUCUUGCGACCGACUUACUAGCGCCGCCGUGUCGGCCUUCCUCCGAGACGGCUUCGUCCACCAGUUGCUCAGGGAGCCCGCCCUGACCUUCGCGCCCCCGACGAACCAGUCGAAACUCGACUUUGAGACCAAGACCGGCGCUAUCAACAUCGUGCCGUCCCCGAGCGACCCCUACAACCUCGAUACCCUGAAGGACGACGCGCGCUGGUUGAGCAAGAACGCCCACAUCAACGAGCUUGCCGCCCUCCGCAUCGUGCUGGUCGAGUACCAGUCCCGUGCUCUCAGUCACCUCACGGGGCCGCUUUCGACCCAGGAUGUCACCAACAUCCAAGAAGCAGCGGGCGUGGGCGAUGCCCAGGCCUCUGCCAUCCUUGCGCUGCUGAACGUGACCGCGGUGGUCGAUGCCGAGGCGACAUGGGCCGACUUUGAGAGCGACAUCCGGCGCCGCCAGCGUCUCCUAGCGACUUACCUGUCCGAGCGCCGGUCCUUCCUGGGUGCCGUCGACGCGCUCCUCACCUUCCUGAUAUACUCGCGGUCGUCAGCCGCUCCGCCGGAAUUGGAUCGCCUGCGCCGAGCCGUCGUCGUGGAAGCUUUUGGCUUUGACGAGGAUGCCGCGAAGCCCGACACGUCUCGCCUUGACGCCCUGGCACCCACAUACAUACGCGUCCUCGACGACUGCGUCAAGCGGACUCAGGCCGCCCCGGAAUCCCUGGACAAGGAGAUGCUGACAGACGCCUUCGAGGUCGACUGGAUCAGGACGGCGCUCACCGAGGCAAUCCACGCCAUGUCAUUGGUGUUCCAGAUCUUGGAUCUGAAGCAUCCGACCUUUGCUCCCCCUGAGCUCGUGGUCCAGUGGUUUGCCCUUAUGGACGAAUGCGAAUUCUUCGAGUCGGUUUUCGCAGGACACGAGCUGAUUGCUGAGCUCAUCUUGCCGCUCCGGAGCCUGGUUGCCGUCGUCUCCUUGAAGUUCCUCAACAUCGACAGGGCACUCGCCCACCUGGACCAAGACGUCGACCUGCUUGAGACCGAAGAUCCCUACCUGGCUUCCUCCGACGCCCUCACAGCAAUCCACUCGACGAUCGCCGCUGCGGCCGGUGCCGGCCUGCUGACAACGCUGCCUGUGGUGUUUGCUUGGUCUCUCAUCCUGCACCAGAUGCACCUCGGGUACCAGGAGCGGGCCGAACGGCGCGACCUACUACAAAACCAGCGGGCGCAAGCCGGGUUUGAACUCGAAUACGAACCCGCCAGCCGCCAGAGGAGGAACUCGGCUGGGAGCAUCGUCUCCAUCGAAGCCUGUUCCUACGACCUUUUCCUUGCGUCCCAGCAGCUCGAGCGGAACAUUGAGCCAGCCGAGAACAUGGCCAAGGUAGCCACCGCUCGGGGCCAAGUCUACGAUCUGAUGGCUGAGAUGGCCUUAUGUUUGGGAAGCGGCCAGCUAGCAGCAUUCCGGACAGUUCUGGGCGCCCGCGCGCGCCUGGCCUUCCAAGACCUUCUGAGACGGAGUUCCCAUUACGUGGGUUACCAGGCGGAACCCGUCUCUUGUCUCCUCUCCACCCUCUCGGGCGGUGCCCAAUACUGGGACAUCUCUCUCGACACCCCAUCCGACGCCUCUACCCUCGCCGUCUACACUCGCAUGCUGAAGGACGACGCGCUCAACGUACAAUACACAUCUCAGUCACAAAACCGCUUCCCCUACGAAUUCCUCCCCUUUGCCUCCCUCUGUCGCAUCUUAACAGCCGCUUUGGUCGCGGACGAGGAGAACUCCGAGACCCUCAUGGCGCUGCUGCUCAGGACCCCAAGCCUCACCGUCAAUUGGGACCCACGGUGGGAUACGUCAUACGAACUGGUCUUUGAGGAGGAAAAUACCAACUCGUUCCGUCUGACGCGAGACAUCGACUUGUUCGACUCAACAUUGAAAUUCAACAGGCACUUAUCUCCCGAGGAGAAAUGCACAAUACCGCGUGGGACAUUUGGGCGCUUCGUGACCGAUGUUGGGAGAGUCGCCAAGCUGGAAUUCGAGCAUUCCGUCCUGGCCCUCUUUGGCAAGCGCCUCGAGGCGAAUCUCAUGGCGGGCGCCUACGAGACCGGGCUGGGUUUUCUGACGGUCGACGAGCUAGUUGAGGGCAUCUCGCUCUUAGCGACGGUUCUGCGAGCUGAAGCCUUGAGAUCGUCAAAGGCUGAUUCCGACAGGGGCCUGAAGAUACUGGCCGAGGCCAGCCGCUUGCUCCCGCGGGGCAAGGACAUCAUCAGCAUCGUUUGCGACGCGAUCGAUAGCCUGGUCGAGGAGGAACUCGUGGACCUCGACAGUUCCAAGAUUGCCGCUCUCACAUCCUGCCUCCAGUUUCUGCACGCAGCCGUUCCUGUCUGCCCUGGCCGGGUGUGGUCCUACAUGGCACGGUGUGCGCUCAUCAACAGCGACACCCGAUCUGGGCGCCUGCCCAGGAUUACAGCCAAUCUCGACGUGUUCGCCGAGAGGUUUGACCUGCUGCUGUCCGCGGUCAAGCUGUUCUCUAGCCUGAUUGACAGCGCCAUGACGAGCACCGUGCAGCGAAGGACCGGGCUGAGCCUGAGCAGCCGCUCACAUGGGGAGGAGAACCCUUGGAUCGGGGCCUCGGACAAGAUCCUGUCGCGCGUCUCCCUCUCCAUAGCGCAAACCGCCCUUGACGUCUUUGAGAAUUCCGCCACAUGGAGGUUCCCCUCGGAAGUCGACCGCAGCGUCCUGGUUCAAGAUGUCGUUGGCAUCAUGCACAAGCUAGUAUCCUACACCCAUAGCGUCGGGUCAGCUGACGCGCCGAAGAGCUUGACCAGCUCGCUCGCACCUGCAGCUGGGUAUGUCGUGGAGAGCUUCCUUUCCAGCUCGUCGAGCUCGCUACGCUUCCAACCUCUUCUUGCCACUCUCCUCGCCGCCUUCCAGCUCCCGGACUCGACACUCUACCAGCGGCGGGCUCGGAUCGUGUCGGAGAGGCUCACGACGGUUCUCGACUUCGCCACCAUUCUCUUGCGGGUGGCCGACUACUUGGGUCAGGCCUCCGGUGCCAUCCAGACCCAGCUCUUUAAGUCGGCGUCGUUGAUUGCCCGGCUACCAGCCAUCAGACAUUCCUUCCGGAUGCCAGCCAUUUCCCUCCUGAGCGCGCUUGUGGAGAGCGCAGGGAAGGCUAGCGGCGAGCCGCCAUCCCUGCUGGGGUACUUGGGGCCGCAGAUAUCCCGUUCUUUUAUUCAGAUUGCCUCGCAGCUGGACAAGCCCUUCAACAGGACUGCCGAGGUCGUGAGCACCUGGAAGUUCUUCUCGACGAUCCUCCGGAACCGCCAGCAGUGGAUGGCUAAUUGCUUGCUUACCGGCAAGACUCCGCGGGAGGCACUGAAGGGGGACGCAAAAAUCUCGCAGCUCUCUGCGGGCUCUGUGCUGUCAACGGCGCUGGAGAGGCUGAGCGUAAUCAGCAAGAUUCCGAGCCAAGAAAGCCUCGCUGUCCUCGACUUCUUCACAUCGGCACAGAACUACUGGCCGUGGACCAUCUUUGCCAUGCAGAAAGACCGGGCUUUCCUCCAGGAUUUGCGCUCCUACGUUCGCCAGCUCAAAGCGCCGGCGGUGAUGGCAAAAGCAGACCCCGCCGAGGCCUGCUAUCAAGCGCGGAUAGCAGCCUACAUUGCCGAGACGUUCGCCAUGCAGCUCUACCAUCUGCGUCAGAUGCGCCAGGAGCAGGCCUUCGCCGCGGAAGUGGUGAACGACCUCGACUACUUCCUCCGCGACGGCGUCCAGGUGGCGGAUUACAACGCGUCCUUGCACGUCAACUUCGCGAGGAAUUUCGCCAAGCGGUACCCGGGAUGUGCGAUUGACGACUUCAAGAGAACCCUGCUCGUGCCGCGGGAUCUGGGGUCCCAAUACUACUAUGCGCUCGACGUUGCGGAAGCCAUGCUCGGCUACGAUGCUGGCUGGGCUGGGUCAAAGCAGAACGGCUUCCGGCGGGAGAUGGAGACUGCGAACCUGAACCUCUCCCUCGUGGAAGCGGAAGUGGCGUUGUUCCAUGCGUGGGAGUAUUUGCUCCUUGAGCUCAGUAUCUGCCUGCUGCCGAAGAAGAACCACGCGGUCGCCAGGCAGAUGCUACAGGUCGUCGAGCAGUGCUUGGAGUCGAACCAGCGACCGCAACCGCCGGAGAACAUCUUCGUGGUGCUGGCGCACUCGCGGGCCAACCUGGCCCUGACGCUGCUGCAGCGGCUCGCCGACUGCUCGCUCCUGCCAAAAGACAUCACACAGCUCCUCUCCCUUGUCGCCGCCACCAUCAACGGAGUCGAGGACCCAUGGAGCAAAGCGCAGAUUUCCUACUUCCGCACCCUCCUCAAAAUCCUCUUCGUCACCCUGCGCGGGACCAAGCACUCGUCCAACGCGCCCCCGCAAAAGACGGCGGCCGAGAGCCCCGUCGCCGUGUCCCAACUCGUCCUCACCAUCCUGGACCGCGUCGUGGCGCGCUCCUUCCGCACCCUCGCGGCCCUCGUCCACGAACCGGGCGCGGCCGCCACACCCGAAGACCUCGCCCUCAUAACCGCCAUCCUGCAAGCCUGCCUUAGCGUGCCCGGCAUCGAGCAGUGUCAGCUUCAAGUGCUCAACAUCGCGUCGUCGCACGACAUCCUGCAGGUCGCCACUUCGCUCUUCUCGUGGUCCGACCGCCUCGCUGACAAGGGCGACCCCGUCUACGGCGAGCUGGCCCUGCUGCUCCUGGUCGAGCUGUCCGCGCUGCCGGCCGUCGCCGAGCAGUUCGCCUGCGACGGCCUCCUCGGCCACCUCACCUCGGCCAGCCUGGCCGGCUUCAUGCGCCGCGCCAACGUCUCGCCCUUCGCGGACAACCCGGGAGCCGCGCGCUGCUACGCCGUCUGGGCCAAGGGUGUCCUCCCGCUGCUGCUCAACGUGCUCGGCGCGCUCGGCGCCACCAUCGCGCCCGAGGUCGCCUUCGUGCUGAACCAGUUCCCCAACCUGCUGCGCGCGUCGGUCGAGCGCCUCGAAGCCCCCGGCUUCAACCGCACGGCAUCGGCGAGGGAGGAGGCGUCGGCGCCGCACUACGUCGCGCUCGUCGCCGUCGGCGAGGCCCACUCGCUCGCGCUGCUGACGCGCGUGCUGGCCGCGCUGCGCGCCAGCAACGCGCGCGACAUCCCCGAGGUCGCCUGGGACGCCGCCGCCGCGCUGGAGAACGUCGAGUUCUGGCUCGCCAGCAGGAAGCUGCUGCGCGAGCGGCUGCUGCCGCUCGGGCCGCGCGAGGUCGAGUGGCGCGGCACGCGCGCCGCCGGGGCCUCCGCCGCCGCUGCUGCUGCCGAGGGCGGCGCCGGGUGCGAGAAUCGCCUGGAGGAGAAGGUGGUCGCGCUGCUGGAGGGCAUCAGGGAUGUGUUGGCUGAGGAGGGGGAGUAA